UAGGCUCGAACACCGCCCAGUUGUCAGAAUAUUUUUGCCGAUUGGUUUCUGUUUCUGUCAGGACAGCUGAAUGACUUGCAGUGGUUGCCGUGACUGGGCUAGAGGCGCGGCAGUAAAGGGUCUGUACCCCGGUAACCGGAGACAAGACGCCAGUCGCUGACAUUGUCCGAUAAAGACACUGCUGAGGAUGGUGCAGCCUGACAGGGUGAUAUAAUAAAGAGUAAUAUGAGGAGUGUCAUUACAGACAAACAGUGAGGCUGAUCACCUCCUACUUAUGAUGUUAUGCAGAAUGAGGGAGAUGCCCUCUGAAUGAGAAUUUCGUUUGCUGCUGGAUGUGACACCGUACAGAGGAACGUGACACAGUAGAGAUGGUGAAAGGGCAAAAGGGCCCCCAGUACUACAUUUCUGUGCCACUGCGGAGCUCCAAGCUGCUUUGGUCCCUUGUGCAUUGGGUUAAAGAUAUGAACAAUCUCUGACCCUACUUUAUCUAAAGACUGUAAGUGGAAAGUAAGGCUGCAUAGAAGAUGGCUAUGUAUGACACCCCAUACCAGAGGCUGGAGGCUUCUUACACUGACUCACCACUAGGGGAAGAUGAUCUGCUGGUGCAUGUUCCAGAGGGCAGUAAAUCUCCAUGGCAUCACAUAGAAAACCUUGAUCUCUUCUUCUCUCGUGUAUACAAUCUGCACCAGAAGAAUGGCUUUACCUGUAUGCUGAUUGGAGAAAUCUUUGAGCUGCUGCAGUUCAUCUUUAUUGUCAGUUUUACCACUUUACUGGUGAGCUGUGUGGAUUAUGACAUUCUCUUCGCCAACAAAAUGGUGAACCAUAGCCAGAGUGACCACAUUAAAGUGACACUUCCUGAUGCCUUCCUGCCCCCCGGGGUCUGCAGAGACAGAAUACAAGAAAAUGGAUUUCUUGUCUGUUUAUUGGCUAUUGCUGGAGUCUUCUGGAUACACCGGCUCAUAAAAUUUAUAUACAAUAUCUGCUGCUACUGGGAGAUCCAUAACUUCUAUAUACAAGCUCUGCGCAUCCCUAUGUCAGACCUUCCGUAUUACACCUGGGAGGAGGUUCAGAGCCGCAUUGUACAGAUUCAGAAAGAGCACCAGAUCUGCAUUCACAAAAAGGAGCUGUCUGAACUUGAUGUGUCUCAUAGAAUACUGCGCUUCAAGAACUAUAUGGUAGCCAUGGUAAAUAAGAACCUGCUGCCGCUUCAGCACAGACUCCCUCUGCUGGGCAAUACUGUCUUCUACACCCGAGGCCUCAAGUACAACUUCCAGCUGAUUUUCUUCUGGGGCCCUGGCUGUCUCUUCCAGAAUGAAUGGAGCCUUAAGCCUGAGUAUAAACGUGCAGGAGCCCGUCUGGAGCUGUCUGAAAAGCUGGCUCAGCGCAUCCUGUGGAUUGGACUUGCCAACCUGGUGUUGUGCCCACUGGUACUAGUCUGGCAGAUUCUUUACGCCUUCUUCAGCUACACUGAGGUGCUUAGGCGUGAGCCUGGCAGUUUGGGGGCACGCUGCUGGUCCCUCUAUGGUCGCUGCUACCUUCGGCAUUUUAAUGAAUUAGAUCAUCAGCUACAAGCCAGGCUAAGUCGAGCAUAUAAGCCAGCCAGCAAGUAUAUGAACUGCUUCCUGUCCCCACUGAUGGCUGUAGUUGCCAAACACUUAGGCUUUCUUGCUGGUUCUAUACUGGCAGUGCUGAUAGCACUUACUGUUUAUGAUGAGGAUGUGCUGGCAGUGGAACAUGUGCUGAGUGCUGUCACCCUGCUGGGGGUAGUAGUGACAGUCAGUAGGUCAUUUAUCCCUGACCAGCACCUAGUGUUCUGCCCUGAACAGCUUCUCCGUGUUAUUCUGGCUCAUAUCCACUAUAUGCCGGACCACUGGCAGCGCAGCGCUUACCGUGCAGAGACACGUGGAGAGUUUGCACAGCUCUUUCAAUACAAGGCAGUAUUUAUCCUUGAAGAACUCCUGAGCCCGCUCUUAACACCGCUUGUCCUAAUUUUCUGCCUCCGUCCCAAAUCACUGGAGAUUAUUGACUUUUUUCGAAACUUCACAGUGGAGGUAGUAGGAGUUGGAGAUACCUGCUCAUUUGCACAAAUGGAUGUCCGUCAGCAUGGAAAUCCUGCAUGGAUGUCUGCAGGCAAGACCGAAGCAUCAGUGUACCAACAGGCUGAAGAUGGGAAGACCGAGCUCUCACUCAUGCACUUUGCUAUUACCAACCCUCGCUGGCAGCCUCCUCGUGAAUGUUCAGCUUUUCUGAGCCAGCUAAGGGAAAGAGUUCAACGAGACAGCACAGUGGGCAACCAGAAACACUCCACUGGCCUCUUGAAUCCUCUGCAGUGUUCAGGCCUCUCUAUUCAGUCUGACCCUGAGCCCCACAGCCUGAUGCCAAAUAUGUUCUCAGGAGUGUCCCCUGCAGAGUUUCCAGCUAACACUGAAGUUCUGGGUUCUCCUCAUGUCUCUGCUGUAUCAGAGGUGGCUUCUGCUUUACGCUCUCUAUCCCCACAGCAGUCUUGUCACCCAGUGCAGAACCAGAGUGGAGUCAGUGCCGACUUCAGAAAUGGCAGUUUUGGCAGCAAUGUGUGGGAGGGCCCCAUGAACAGUGGUACCCUGUCUGAAUACGCAUCCACUGAAAUGAGCCUGCAUGCCCUGUACAUGCAUGAGUUGCACCAGCAGCAUACUCGCAUGGUGCCAGGGCGGCACAUCUGGCACCGGCAGGAAAGUGAUGAAAGUGGAGAGAGCUCGCAGGGUGAUGGCCUUACAAACAAGACGUCUAAUGUGCCAUCCUCACUCAGCUGUCCAUCCCCUGCAGCACAAGUUUGGGAAGAGAGGCUGCCUCCACUCAGCACACACAGAUUUAGUGCCAGCACAGAUCUUGGGUCUGUGCAAAGAACCUCGCUGGCUCGGCAGCCAAUGGGAGGGUGGAGUGAGGAUGUACAGCCCAGCAGACACCCAGAAACUGUGCCAGAGGAAGGGUCUGAAGAUGAGCUUCCUCCACAAGUUCAGAAGGUAUAGGUGCUGUUUGGAUAAAGAGAGUGACAUCUUCCAUAGUGUACUGUACUCUUGUCCAUCCUGUUGUUACUUGUUGAUCAGACAAGACGGCCAUAUCUGGAACAUAAUCUGAUUGUGUGUGUGUUUGAGUACUGAUCUUAGCUUUCUCCUAUUGUGUAAUUAUAAAUACAUAAUCUAUAUGUAUAUUGAUGCCUUGCGUAUGGAUGCACUUGCUUUUGAUCACCAGUGGGAAGGGAUUUAAACACAGUAGCCUCUAUAGAAAGCAAAGGAUACAUAGCACUGAGGUAGCACUAAAACCUUUGCAGAUAUCUUGUCCCAGUAACCUUCAACCUGAGUUCUGUUGGAAGUUGGGGGGGGGGAGCUGAAGAUCAUGAUUUGUUCAUUAAUUUUACGCAGCACUGAUAUUCUCCCCCAAGGAAUACAGUCAGGUCCUAAGUAGUAAGAUCCUCAUCUCCCCAUUCUACCCUAGUGUGCCAUGUGGGGAGAACCCGUUCCUAACAUCACAUCAUAAUAAUUAUGAUUGUGUGUGUGUGUGCGUGUGUGUUUGCUACAGAGUGAAACCCCUUAGCAUGGUAAGAGUGUUCUAAUAAUCCUGCAAGGCUCUCAUAUGGGGCCUUCCUGCCCAAAAGGGAGCCUAUAAUUGAGGAGCAUGUGUGUCCAAAUCUGUACCACUGAAAUAAGAAGGGAAAAUGUUUUGUAUAGAAAAUGUAUAUUGCUUAUUUUGUACCACUGUAUAAUUCUAAAUAAAGACUCAUCUGUACUGUC